CCCAGUUCGUUUAACUUGUCAACCAGGCAGGACUUUUCGUUUUAUUUAAAAUAUGUUUCAGCAGCUUAUACAACUCCAGCAACGGCUCUUGGCGGCGCAAUGGAAAAGGUCCUGGCGUGCAGCAAAGCAGCCGGACAAACCGAAGAGAGCAAACGAAGCCCCCGAAGCACAGGCCAAGGCAAAGGAUCGCAAGAAAACCGGUGCGACUUCCGAGGGGGUGGUCGCCCAGAAUAAUCCACCGAAGUCUUGUCUGACGAACAAGAAGACUACCUUUGGUCCCCUACACGACUGCGAGCGCGUCUUUCAGAACUUAUACGGACGCCACGAUUGGCGCAUGACAGGUGCUUGCAAACGCGGCGACUGGUAUCGUACCGCAGACCUGCUGGACAAGGGCCCCGACUGGAUAAUGGAUCAGGUGUGCCAGAGCGGACUUCGCGGACGAGGGGGCGGUGGCUACUUCACGGGGACCAAGUGGAACUUCCUUCGCACCGCCGAAGCAAACGCGGACAAGGUCCUCGUUAUGAACUGCGCCGAGGGCGAGCCGGGUACGUGCAAGGACCGCCAGAUCCUUCGCCAUGAACCGCACAAGCUAAUUGAGGGCUGCUUGCUGGCCGGAUUUGCGAUGGGCUGUACUCGAGCCAUUAUCUAUGUGCGAAAUCGCUUCUACAAUGAGGCGUGCAAUCUGCAGUUCGCUUUGGCGGAGGCCUACCGCCACGGACUCCUAGGCUCCAGCGCCUGCAACACGGGCAUCAGGUUCGACAUCCUGGUGCAGCGAGGGGAUCGCUAUCUCUGUGGCGAGGAGACGGCGCUGGUCAAAUGUCUGACGGGCGAGAUUGGGCGGCCGCACAGGCGUCCGCCCUUUCUCACCGAUAAAGGGUACUUCUCGCAUCCCUGCCUGGUGAUCAAUGCGGAGACCGUUGCAGUGCUGCCCACCAUCCUGCGCAGGGGACCAAGGUGGUGGGCCGACCUGGGGCGCUCACACAACUCGGGCACCAAGCUCUUCAACAUAAGCGGACACGUGAACUGUCCCUGCACCGUUGAGGAGGAGAUGUCAAUGCCAAUGCGCGAUCUUAUCGAAAAGCAUGCGGGAGGAGUGCGCGGCGGCUGGGACAAUCUGUUGGCCGUCUUCCCCGGCGGUCUCUCCACCUCUCUGAUCAACAAGCAGGUCGCCGCGGAGGUGCUAAUGGACUUUGAAUGUCUGGAGGCUGCCGGAAGCAGUCUUGGCUCUGGCGCCCUGAUCGUUGUAAAUAAGCAGAGCGAUCCCAUAAAAGUCAUGCUCCGCUCCAUCCAGUUCUACGAGAAGCACACGUGCAAGCAGUGCACCUACUGCCGUGACGGAGCCAUUUGGCUGCCGGAGUUGUUCGACCGCUUCGUCAGAGGCGAGGCUCAUCCACACGAGAUCGACUGGACCCUGGCUAUAGGGAAGAAGAUUAAGGACAGCAAUCCAAUCUGCGGCUUAGCCCAGGGACAGGUCAAUGUUGCCUGCAGCCUGGUUGACAACUUCAGACCUCAAAUCGAAGAUCGCAUUCUCAAGUGCAUCAAGGCUUGACGACUGACCGGCUUAGGGUUAUUCUAUAUUUAUCAGUUCUGUACUCAUUAAAUUAUAAAUUGUGCCUCGGA